AUGGCUUUUGCGAUUAGCCCGCAAUUGAUUAUAACCAACCAGGAAUAUCUCCCUACGCAAGUAGUUAUCAUUACAAUCGGAAACAAGAACUAUUCAAUUCCAGAAAAUUAUAUCUUGGGAUACCUACUACCGCAAAGAAAACAAACUUGGAGUUCACGCAUUAUACUUGGCGACAUCGACUGGGAUAUUGGCCACACUGUCCUACAUUUCCUAUACAAGGGAGAAUAUGAAACGAUCGCCUACCCAGGAAUCCAAUCAGAUAAAUCUCGCAUUGAGCUCGAAUACAAAAGAAGCGUUCAGGUCUAUGAAUCCCUCUCGAUUUUCCAGAUCCUACGGGGGGCCAGAAUUAUAUUCUCAAGGUUUUCUGAGGACAAAAAAUGGUUUUAUGGCUAUCUCCAUUCCAAGCUUUCUAGCAGCUUUGUGAAAGAUAAGACAACGUUCCAGCUGGAUGAGUUCUACGAUGAAAUUGCAGACGAUCCAGUGCUUAGCAAAGCCGUGAUGAAGAUGGUGGCCAGAGUGUUCACAGCUCAAUUAUCGUGCUUGAGACACUCCCCUCAAGCUACCGAGAGUGGAAGUGAGGUGGAUAGGGAGCCUGACGAGCUUGAUAUUUGUAAGCUUGCUCUAGCGGCGCCCGAGGAGAAGCCCACCUACACAGCGAGGCUUGCCCCGAGCCCGAACCUGAACCUGCUGAAGAAUGUUAUGGAGAACAGUGCCCUGAAGUUCCGUCUGAACAUCGCGGAGGCCCCACCCACUCUUAAAGAGUGCCCUUCUGAAGAGUCCCCGGUUGAGCUUGUUCCAGUUGAGGAUAAAGAGCCCAUUCCGAAUGUCCACUACGAGCAUGGAGACAAUAAUGGCUUGGGUUGGGGCUUCGCAGGCUAG